GUUGACUCCCCCACAAGUACUAGCUCGUAUCAAGACAUGGUCGACAAUAAUAAUCCUGGAGCAAGCGGAGCUGCAAAGGAUGAUGAUAUUGAUGGAGGCAUCAAGGAGCAAGACCAGCUGCUGCCAAUAGCCAACGUCGGGCGGAUCAUGAAGCAAAUAUUGCCACCCAACGCCAAGAUCUCAAAGGAGGCCAAGGAAACCAUGCAAGAAUGCGCGUCGGAGUUCAUCAGCUUUGUCACCGGCGAGGCCUCGGAGAAGUGCCGCAAAGAGAGGCGGAAGACCGUGAAUGGUGACGAUGUCUGCUGGGCGCUAAGAGCGCUGGGUUUCGAUGACUACACCGGUCCGUUGCGAAGGUACUUACACAGGUAUAGAGAGCAAGAAAGGGAUGGAAUAUCAUCGGAGGCUAACAACAAUAUUAAUGAAGAUCAUCAAAGGAUAUCGAUCAACAAUAUUCCUCAUACAAAAGGAUCUAAUUAUUUCAAAGGAUCAAGUACUUCUGGUUGUAAGUAAUUUCGAUCAGUAUGUGUGCGGGCCUGCGCUUGUUGGCUAAGUGAAUUGAUCAUAUAUUGUAUCUACUUUUUUUCAAAUAUAAGGGAAAAUUAUUUAGUGUCAUUGAGAAGGUAAUUAUUGUUAGACGAGGUCCACAUGCAGUUUUAUCCACCGUCUCCAUCGUUAUCUGA